AAACAUCUGAACCUUCUGUUCCCGGGCCGGGGGAGACCGCUGGGCGGGGACGCGAGGAGGGAGGGGGCGUCUGUGGGCGGGACCUCCCGGGAUUGGAGUGAAGGGGGUAUCUGCUUGACAGUGGAUCCCUGGGGAUCUAGGCUGAGUUCAGAAAUGCUCCAUCUCGGGCCGCCCCUGUCUGAGCGGAGCUUUGCGGCGCCGAAGCUCACAGGGGAAGCAGAAGCCCCGCCCGGCGUCUGAUUGGCGGAACCGCGCUGUAGGAUUCUUUCCGCAGGGAUCCAGUCUAGGGGAUCUGGUGGGAGGGAGGGUCGUCGAUGUGUGGAGUAUUGCUUUGGAGUCCUCAGCCACUCGCUAGGAGUGGACGAGGAUCGCAGAGGGAUCCAGCGGAAAUAGCCUCCCAGGACCGGGAUCCCCGUAGAUCCCGGGGGAUUUCGGGGCAUAAUUUGCAGGGACAAAGGCUUCGAGAGGCUGGGACCGUGGGAGAACUGGGGCCGCUGCAGUCCGGGUUCUGGCAGCAGGUGCCGGGCAGGGCGCGAGUGAUCCGCUGAUCGAGGCGGUGGCGCUGGAGGACACCCACUCCGGGCGGCCGGCCGGGGGCGCCCUUUCGCGCCCCAGGGCUACGGUCGCUGGACUACGGGGAGCUUCGGGCGGACCAUGAAGGGCGGAGCCCCGGGGAAGGGGCUAGCCCUCACCCCCCGCUCCACCGCUCCCCCCUUGCCCCAGGCCUCAGCCUGGGAUUCCCCAGGGAACCCCCGGAGCCGCCGCUUCUCCCAUGGACUUGCCCGGGGACUCCAGCCCGCCUGGCCAGCCGCGUCUGUGCCGCCAGCCUCUGACUCGAGCAUUAUGGGGAGCCACGAGCCCGAAACGGCAGAGGCUGCAGCCCCCGGCAGCCCCUUCUCCCCUGGAAAAGGCCUCUCGGCGGGUCCUGGCCGUGGUGCUGGAAGAUGUCAUGGCUGUUCAAAUGGUCCCCGUGGUGCCCCCGAAGGAGACCUCCAUCCCACGGCACCAGAGCUACCAUCAGGAUCCUGUCCACAGGCAGGCGCCUGCCUUGCCACCCCGGCAGGCCAUGUGGUCCUCGAAGGCCAAGCCUCCCGACCCUCUGCAUUUGUGCCGCGAGCCCUUGAGCCGAGUCCACCAGACCCCUUUCACCCUGAGGCAGCGAUCAAAGACAACCCCUGGCCCAGAGGAGGGCCCUUCACAAAAGGUGGACCGGGCCCCCCAGCCCACCCUGGUGGUGAUGCUGGAAGACAUCGCCAGUCCUAGACCCCCAGCUGAGGGCUUCAUUGAUGAGACCCCCAACUUCAUCAUCCCAGCACAAAGAGCUGAGCCCAUGAGGAUAGUUCACCAGCCAAUGCCUUCACUCGGGGACCUAGAACCCCCAUUCCAGCCAUCUACUCUGCCUGCAGACUCUCCGGAGAACCCACCGUCGGCCCCAGAUCCUGCUCUGGAGCUCCCAUCCACCCCACCACCGUCCAGCCUUUUACGCCCCCGCCUCAGUCCCUGGGGCUUGGCCCCACUCUUCCGUUCUGUCCGUUCCAAGCUGGAGAGCUUUGCUGACAUCUUCCUCACGCCCAACAAAACCCCACAGCCCCCGCCCCCGUCCCCCCCCAUGAAGCUGGAGUUGAAGAUCGCCAUCUCAGAGGCCGAGCAGUCUGGGGCUGCUGAGGGCACUGCCUCUGUCAGCCCCCGGCCCCCCAUCCGCCAGUGGCGGGCUCAGGACCGCAAUAUCCCAGCACCUCUCCCUAAGCCCUCUCUGGGCCGAAGCUACUCCUGCCCUGAUCUGGGGCCCCCUGGCUCUGGUACCUGCACCUGGCCACCUGCUCCACCCCAACCAAGCCAGCCACGGCCACGGCGGCACACUGUGGGUGGUGGGGAAAUGGCCCGAACCCCGCCACCCCCUCGGCCCUGUCUCCGGAAAGAGGUCUUCCCUCUCGGAGGAGUGGGAGCCUCCCCUUCUCUCGCCACAUCUUGCUCGUCCACGGCAUCCACUUCCUCCUUCUCCGAACCAGCAGAACCCAGGUUGGGUUCAACCAAAGGGAAGGAGCCAAGAGCCUCAAAGGACCAGGUGCUUUCAGACCCUGAGACCAAGACCAUGGGGAAGGUUUCUGGAUUUAGAAUACGCAGAACACCAGCCCGCCCUCAGCUAAACCUUACACCAAUGGGACUGCCUCGACCAAUCAGGUUGAACAAGAAGGAGUUCAGCUUGGAAGAAAUCUAUACCAACAAGAAUUACCAGUCACCCACAACCAAGAGGACCUUUGAGACCAUCUUCGAGGAACCGCGGGAGCGCAAUGGGACUCUGAUUUUCACCAGCUCGAGGAAGCUCCGUCGGGCUGUGGAAUUUCGAGACAGCAGCCUUCCUCGAUCUCGACGGCCGUCCCGUGGGGUCCGGGCUGCAGGGGGCAGGACUGUUCCUCCCAAUGUGGCCCCCAGCCCUGAUGUGGGCUCCCUGUUGCAGCAGCGGCUGGAGGAGCUAGACGCCUUGCUUCUGGAGGAAGAAACUGUAGAUCGGGAGUAGCCCCAUUGGACCUAGGUGCUCCAUCUGUUUGUCAUCCAUCCUGAAGGGACGGGAAACCUCCCAGACCGUUAUUUUUUUUUUCUCUAUAUUUCUAGUAAAGGUUUCGAUAUGUUUCUGA